AUACUCCAUGACAAGAUAGUGGAAUACAUGAAUGCGUCUGGACGCGAUGACCUUAAUGAGGCUGAACCCCCUAAGAAACUUGUAUUGGGAAAGAACACAUUUAAUCAGACGAAACUCAGCAAUGGCACGCCGAGCAUGAUACCAACGAAGCAGCAUGCACCAUCGACCAGCUAUGAGAAACAGAAGGAGCAGUGUGUAAAAUACUUCGACCAGUGGACUGAAACCGAUCAGGUGGAAUUUGUCGAGAACCUGAUAUCCCGAAUGUGUCACUACCAACACGGGCACAUCAACUCUUACCUUAAGCCCAUGCUUCAGAGGGACUUCAUCACGGUGCUGCCAGCCCGUGGCCUGGACCACAUUGCAGAGAACAUCCUGUCGUUCCUGGAUGCCCGCUCCCUGUGUGCCGCUGAGCUGGUCUGUAAGGAGUGGUACCGGGUCAUAUCCGACGGGAUGCUCUGGAAGAAACUGAUGGAGCGAAUGGUGCGCACGGAUUCCCUCUGGAAGGGGUUAUCAGAGAGGAGGGGAUGGAUCCAGUAUCUGUUCAAAAACAAGCCCUCUGAUGGAAUGUUGCCUCCAGAUUCCUUCUACAGAUCACUGUAUCCCCAGAUCAUACAGGACAUUGAGACCAUUGAAUCCAACUGGAGGUGUGGGCACCAUGGUUUACAGCGUAUACACUGCCACAGCGAAACUAGCAAAGGUGUCUAUUGUUUACAGUACGAUGAUGAGAAAAUCAUCAGUGGUCUACGAGACAACACUAUCAAGAUCUGGGAUAAGAACACGCUGGAAUGUAAGAAUGUUCUUACAGGACACACUGGCUCUGUGCUGUGUCUACAGUAUGAUGACAAAGUGAUUAUCACUGGUUCCUCAGACUCCACAGUCAGAGUGUGGGACGUUGGAACGGGUGAGAUGUUAAAUACAUUGAUCCAUCACUGUGAAGCUGUGCUCCAUCUGCGUUUCACCAAUGGAAUGAUGGUCACCUGCUCCAAGGAUCGAUCCAUCGCGGUGUGGGAUAUGAGCACGUCCACAGACAUCACUUUACGCAGGGUCCUGGUCGGUCACAGGGCAGCUGUCAACGUUGUCGAUUUCGAUGAUAAGUACAUUGUAUCGGCUUCAGGAGAUCGGACGAUCAAAGUGUGGAACACUGGUUCCUGUGAGUUUGUGCGAACACUGAAUGGCCAUAAACGGGGCAUUGCCUGCCUGCAGUACAGGGACAGACUUGUGGUCAGCGGUUCCUCUGAUAACACAAUCCGGUUGUGGGACAUCGAAUGUGGAGCCUGUCUCCGGGUUCUCGAGGGUCAUGAGGAACUCGUUCGAUGUAUUCGCUUUGACAACAAGCGGAUCGUUAGUGGGGCCUACGAUGGUAAAAUUAAAGUUUGGGACCUUGUCGCUGCUUUGGAUCCCCGUUCACCAGCUGGCACACUCUGUCUGCGAACGUUGGUGGAGCAUUCCGGGAGAGUUUUCCGGUUACAGUUUGAUGAGUUCCAGAUUGUGAGUAGUUCUCACGAUGACACCAUCCUGAUCUGGGAUUUUCUGAAUGUGCCCUUGGAACAAGGUGACGGUACACAGCUAGCACCCCGCACGUACACCUAUGUUUCUAGAUAGGUGCAGCCUGCCCAUCAUCGGGAUUGGUCAUGGAUAUCCAAAAUAAAACUUCCAGGCACUUAAAAAAACAAAAAGAAACAAAAUUGGUCCUGAGCCACAUAUUCAUAAAAGGAAGCAGUCAUUCUGAAGGGGGCUCAUUUCAGGUGAUGUGAGACAGCAGGUGGUGAGUGUCUGCUGGAGACUCUCAGUAUUCCUGAGGAAGAGGAGAAAUGAACCACUACACAUCAUUGCAUCCAUGGAAGAUGUUUCGACUGGAUCUCCACCUCCAUGUCCAAGUAACACAACCCAGCCCCAGUUAGUUUUGUAAAUUUGUACAGACUGAUCUCUUGAAGAACUUUCAAGACAAAGGAGAAAGUGAAAAGGGAACAGUGAGAAACAGUUCUGAAAUUGGUGAGAGCUUGUUGAAAUGACCAAAUCUGUACUGUUGCAGUUUCUUCUGUUUGUUUCUCCUCCUCAGUGUUAAAGUUGGAAGAAACUCUCUGAAUUCCCAGAAAAGCAGGAGGUGCCAGGCCUUUAGAUGGAGUUGGUUCUGGUGUCCCUGGAGGAAGCUGGGUUGAAUGAGGUCCCCUUUUUUUGGGGAGGGAAGUAUUUUUCAGGGGAAUCGGAAAUCCUGGACUGGGAGGGGCAGUGAGACAAGCCAGGCUUGUUUUUCUGAGGUCACAUCCCACCUACUUCGCUGCUGUGAAGCCCGGUUUGAACCAGGCUGGCCUGUGAUACCAGACCCCCCAGUCUGUAAAGGAGCCUCGCUGGUACAUGAGGGAGACUUGCUCCCCCAGUGUUGCCCCUUUGUUUUGGGUGGGGGGGGUCAACCCCAACCAACUUGUGCACCUCCCCAAACUAGGCGGGGUUUGCAUGAAAAUGAACACUUUGGGGUUGGUUUGAGUCAUUCCGCUGCUGUGUGACAUGAAGAAUCUGUCCCACGGUGCAGCUUUGCAACUGAGAAUGAGAUGCUGGGAAUGUUCUCCCAUUUCAAGGUUGUUCCCAGGAAGAUAACGGGCACGGUGAAUGUGUAGUGAGAGGGACCAGACGCUGCACGGGUAAUGAGGAAGUCAGGUUGUUGUCCUUUGAUCAUCUCCAAUUCUCCAUCUAAUCAACAGGCAAAGCAGUAACUAAAAUAAACUCUGGGAACGUGCGCGCGCACACACGUGCACACACAUGCACCCCCUACAAUUGGAACCAAUUGGAUGCACGGUAUGCUCUGUCCUUGAUCAAUCCUGGCCCCGUGCCAAUCUGAUUGUGGCGUUGCUCCCUCUGACCAGCCCCAGAUCCCCGAAUGGAUGCCGCAGGUUGAUGACAGAACCAAGCUGGGCUGUGAGUCAGCCACAGAGAUGUAAGACCCGAUGAGCUUGUGCUUGUUUUGUGCCAGGGUAGGGGAGUGCACAGAGUCCCGGGCAGCUGUACCCCUGUCCCAGUGAGGAAGUGACCAAAUCCUCAUGGCCCACGUGGAGCAGGCAGGGUGAGUGCGAUAGGAGGAAGAGCUCAGAGAAAGGCAACAGUGCAGACGUGGAUUCAGCAUUCCUGAUGUUAAAUUUUUGUAUGUCAUCACCUUGCGACUGAGGGCAGGGUGAUGUGUGAUGUUGCUAGGAGCCAGUGUGCAAUUGAUAGUUCCUCUUGUACAGUUUGUGUAUAGUACCUUGUGUUUAGUUUAUUUUUAAAGGUCUCUUCUGUAAAACGUUGCUUUUAAUCAUUGAUGAAAUUCUUGGGCUUUGAGUGGACAAGCUUCAGUAGUGAAUGUCUCAUGGCGGCAGGUCCGUGUUGUGGAGAUGUUUUUGGGCCGUGGGGAGGGGCUAGUCAUUUAAGUGUGUUCCCUUAUCUUUCCAAUGUGUUUGCUUGCCACCCCCCCACCCUUCUCCCCUGAAUUCAACACUAUGGAGAGUUUCUGAUCAAGGCCACUGUAACCAUGCACCAUGUCGGGGGCAUGCUGCAGUUAUCAAUGUACCCGUUCACUCUGGGUAAUUAUGUCACUUUGGAAUUGUUGACUUGUGGAGGAUGUAGGAUGGAACAUCAGGGUGACCUGUACCCACACCUCAGGUCCAGGGCGUGUUUAUGUUGCCAGGGCUGGCUGGUGAUGAGGAGGAGGGAGUUUCAUUAUGGGACUGGAGUCUGGGAGUGCACUGUGCAUCCAACCCGGGGAUCUGUCGAGAGUUUACUGCUGGCGGCAGCUAUCUGGUGCCCUUUGUUUUGGGAGAUAGGGUGAUGCCUCUCACAGUCAAAUAUCCAGCGCUGACCCAGUCCCCCGUGUGGGUCAGCUGUGGUCUCGUCCUUGAGGAGCCUGGAUCCUAAUGUUUUUUGGGAGCGCUUCUCGUGGCAUGCCGAGAGAGAACAAAGCUGUUUGUUCAGUCCAUUUGAUCCCCGAUUCCCUCAGCAGGCUGCCAGUGGCUUCCCCCUGGUUUCCUGAUCACCGAAUGGAUGCCGCAGGUUGAUGACAGAGCCAAGCUGGGCUGUGAGUCAGCCACAGAGAUGUAAGACCCGAUGAGCUCAUGCUUGUUUUGUGUCGGGGUAGGGGAGUGCACAAACAUUUGGGCAAUGCCAGCUUUCUCAUCAGUGUCAUUUCUCCACAUUUCAGCUGCACUUCAGUCCAAAGUUUUCCUCUUCUCCACCACCACCUCCCCCCGCUUCCCCAGGACUGCAACCCCCUCCUCCCAGGAUACAGAUGGCCCUGUGACCAGUUGGCUGUGGUCGCAAUUUGUGCUAUUUUUCUACAUUUUCUUGUUUUGAGGUAUUGUUCUGUGGAUUAUUUAUGUCGUCGUUUUACAAACAAAAGAUGCGUUCUUUUAAGCUGUGCGGUUCAGGAUUAAAUUGCAGUUUGUCGUUCUCCCAAUGUGCAAAGAUUUCAAAUGUCAAUGUUUUAGUUUUGUGUUUUAAGCUGCAGCCAGCCAGUUCCCUGGGGCUGUGUGCCUGAGCGGGCCUCCAUGUCGCAGAGCAAGGGGUUCAUUGCUGCCUGCUGAGUUUUUUUGUGCCUCGUCCAGAGUUUGCAGCUUGUUUUCCACUCUUUAAGAUGUUCGCUUGUCAGAUUAUCUGUUUAACCUUCACUGAAUUAUAAAGUAGCCCUGUGUUGUAUUUCACACUCAAUCAGACCGUCAGCAGAGCAACAGGCCAUUCGCUCCAUCUGGGCCCAUGCUGGGGUCUCCUCUCACCCUUUGACAGCUUCAUGUACCCUCCUAUUCCAUUUCCCCUUCCUGCCCCUUUCAGAGCCAUCGAUAUGAUUUCUGUUCAGGCCCCUGUGGGCUCACCACCUGCUGGAUAUAUUGGGUUACCCCUGCCUCUCAGAUCUCAGUCUGUCAUCUCUUGCUGUCUCCAUUAGUUCUGUCUGUCAAGUCUGGUCACCUCACGAGCCUCUGUUUCCUGGAGAGCCCAGCUCCCACAAUAACAUGAAACAUUUCACAGGAGCAGAAUGUCACCUGCAGCCAUGGCGCUUUCCUUGGAGGGAACAAGUUGCACUGCCCACGCUCCCAAAUCCUCAGCCUUUAUUAUUCCACUCCCCCCGUUCUCUCUUCCCCGCGCCCCCCCCCCCCCUCAAUCUCGAUCUCCCUCCCACUCCCACGGCCACGGAGCUUGGAUUUCUCAUCUUGGCUGGAAGUAAGGAGCUGAGUCCAAGGCUCUCCUUGGGUUUGGCCACUUGGUCUCUGCAGAAGAUCACACAUUUGAAACUAAAAGUUUUGCAAACAUUGUUCGAAAGGAGUUUGAGAAGGACCAGUCAGGACUUUGCAUUUCCUAAUGGUGCUGCCUCAGUGAGUGAGUGAGUGUGCCUCUGGUCGGGUGAAAGAGGUAAAGGCUGUCUCAGGUUGUGAUAGGGUCAGGGUGGUCACAAGAGAGUUGUUCAGCCAACUCUGUGAUAACUUUGUUCUUUCAUCCCGCCAACUGCAAGACCUUCAACAAAUCCAUUCCGCUCAAUCUCAUUUGAAAUCAGCGAAAGUAAAUUUUCUCCUCUUGUCAGAAAAUGGGCCAGUCAGUCCAUUGUCUGUGUGCGUGUGUGGUGUGGGAGGCUUCUUUCUCGUGCAAGAUCUAUCCAAUUCACCUCCUUCAGACUUGUUCCUUAGAACUGCCCAUUUUUCCUUUGCACAUUUUUAUAUCCAGCUUUUUCUUUGAAUGAUUUUUGCCCUAUCUGUUGCUUGGAGUGAAUUCCAGGCCAUGACAGCACUUUAUUUUCAGUUCCUCUUAUCUUCCUACUGCUUCUUCUGCCAAUUGUCUUGCAAGUGAGCCCCCAGCUGGAGUCCCUUUCCUGCAAUUCGAAAACAUUUCUUGUGGCUGUAGUUGCUGUGCUCAACCUUUGUUCCCUCUGAACCCUCCAAUAAAUACACCCCUGGCAUCUCUGCUCAAGGGAGAACAAUCCCACUGUCUUCAGUAUCUCUGUCUAACGGAAGCUCCCCCAUCUCUGGAACCAGUCCCAGAGAAUUCCUUGUUUCUCCUCUAAAACCUCGAUAUGCAGCGUUCCGAGGUGAUGGGAGGGUCCCUGCAUUUGUAAAUGGUGCGAGCCCCGACCCCCCCAGCCUUGAAAUAUCACCCUGCCCAGUUCAGCCAAUGGUGUUUCUUUCCCGUGAGGUGUAAUAAGUUUGUGAUUUGUGGACAGUGCUCAGAGCAGCCACCAGGCCAUGUCACAUGUUGUGCUGGAUGGCCUUGUUGUUAGUGUGUGACCAUCCCAGUCUGUGAGACAUGGGUUUUUUUUUAGAUUGUUGAGGCAAUGUGGAUAAUGAGAGUAGACUCUCAGUUGGAGGUUGAAACCAACGGAUGAUGCCCACAUCUGUAACCAUUUAUCGUCUCGGGGCAGGGCUCGGGAAGUUGGGGGGGGUGGUCUCAGCUGUGCUGUGCUCCCACUUCAGCCCAUAAAAUGUGGAUAAGUUUUAACUUUGCUCCCUGGGGUGAUUGGAAGUGUAGGAAACUAACAUCCUGUAAUUGCACCGAGCAGCUUGUGCAAUGUUCAGCUGCCUCUCCCGCUCCACUCUGCAGGCUCAAGCUUCUCACAACGUCAGACGGCUCACAGGCUGAGAGUUGGCCCAGACUCCGGCUUGUUGAAAAUUGUGGUUCGUUUCUGUCCAUUUCAAUAUUCAUCCUUUCAAACAUGCUGCCAGUCCCCUUGAAAGUUCUGAUGGGGUCUGUAUUCUGCAGCUGUUCAGGUCAUGUAGACCAGAUCAGCUGUAUUGGACAGACCAUCUCUGUGGUUUGGCUGUGUUUCUGGGCCACACGGAAUGUAGGCUCUGCCCUCCUGGUUACUUCCUCGCCCUCCUGCCUUUGGCAAUGGCUCCUCCUUUACUAAGGUACCACCUUUAAUGAACGCUGUGAAACUGGGAUUUCAAAUUCCUACACAAUCCAGAGCAGGCAUUUAUUUCCCCUAGGAUUCACUUACUUUCAGUGGAAGUGACAUUUGAAAGGUGUUUUUUCUUCUGUGUUUUUUUUUAAAUUGAACUGGAGCUUGAAUGGGUAAGCUGCUUGUGAAACAGAUGCACAUGAUGCUGUGAUGAUGAUGAAUGAAAAUAAAUGAAUUGAAAAAUA